GUCGCUCCGCUCUCUCUGGUGAGGCGACGAGAGCCACGCUUCUCUGGAGGUGCCGGGUUGCCGACUGCCACCACCACACCACCACCGCGAACUACACGAGCUCGGGGCCGCGGGCCAAGCUCCGGCAGUCGCAAGCGGUCAAUUCAUCGAGCGGGUGCUCCGAUCGUGGUGCUAGCGACGGUGUCGCGCGCGCAAAGGCACGCGUUCACACAACACAUACACACAUGUACGCGUGACGUACACGGCUCAGCCAUCGCGUAUACGCACGGAGUCGUCGGCGCGUACACGCAUCAGCCACGCGUGCGUACGCAUUGUUCGUGCGCACGACGCGUCGUGUCGUAUCGCGCAGCGGGAGGAGCAGUGCUGUGGAGCAGUGGUGCAAAGCUCGGACGAGAGAGCAGUACUCGUGCACAAAGUAGUAUCGGGCACGAGAGAGAAAGACAGUGAGAAAGAAAGAGUGAAGAGAGAAGGACAGGGAGAAAGUAAGAAGAAAGAGGGGGAGGAGGAGGAGAGAGAGAGAGAAUCGAGUGAGUAUGUGAGUGAGUGGAACAUAUAGUGAGCUUGCGGAGGAUAGUCCAGAGUCCAGGCGGACGCACGAGGGUAAAGAUCGACGUGCGAGUUCUCAGUGCUGGAGUUUGCGGAGACGCGCUAUCUUCUCAGAAAGUAUUCCAUCGAGGAAGCUUUCGACCGACUGGCGUGCUUCCGGAAUUUCCGGCUCGGCGAAUCAACACGUCGCAAGGAACGAACAAGCUUGACAGACUGGAUGCAUCGCGGAAGAAACACGCGCGGUACUUGCGUAAGCAGUCGCGUGCGCCGAUGAGAGAGUUUCGUACUUGCACUUCGGCAAUUACCAGAAGUCACGAGGAGAGUCCGGGACCACACACAUAUACACACACACACACACAUACACACACACAUACACACACACACAAAACACAUAACACACAACACACACACACACACACACACACAACACACACAAAGAUAGACGCUGCGCGAAAUGCGGAGCAUACGCAAUCGGAAAAAGUUCGCGUGUGUAGCCUGAGUGCUCAAUGAACGAAACUCGGCAUUCGAUCUUCGAGCGAUUGACAAACGCCUCUUUUUGUUUUGACACGAAGCACGGCGGAGCUUUCAAGAAGUACGCCGAGAAACUACGGACACUCGUCUUUCGUUGACUGUUUGAUGUUUACUCGUAAGCGUUUUCUCCUCUAUUCUAUAAGCGGCAAAGCUUUAUCUAUGCGAAUUUCAACUUUACGGACGUGAUCAAGUUUACGAUUGUGCGCUCGGAUAAUAGCAAAGGCUUUACAGAAGCAAAAGACAAAAUUCUUCUUAUCUUUAUCCGGUUUACAAGUGAUGGCACUUUGAAGAAAGUUCAUCUUGAUAUACGAUACAAGCUUAUCUUAAUAUUCUGUGAAAAGCUCGACGUGUGACUUUUAUCUGUUACGAAAUGUAUAAAUGAAAUUUUACAGAAAUCUUUAAUCUUCUCUCGCACAGACUUCUAGACUUAUUUUUUUAAAUCUUCAGUCUUUAAAAAGAUUCUUUCUUGUUAUCAAAAGAGAGCGUUAUGUGAACUUGUUAUGUAAACUCGUAAGGUUUGAAUGUGAACCUGGCUCAAUAGAAACACGUAUUGAGUCUUGUCGACGAGCAAUGUCAACGAUAGCCGUCUCUACGAGGAGUGCACUCGUAUCUAUAUAGGAAACCGACGGUGAGCUCGGAAGCUCAAGAAUGUAGUGUUCUGGUGGGCGCUUGCUGGCGGAGACUCAAGCUCAGGCUUUCGCAGCGGCCAAGCAAGCCGAAACAGGUGGAAGAUCUCCGGUGCGAUACUUUGAAGAGUACUACGAAGAGCUAUCGUGUGACUAUCGAUGAUGGUGGAAGGCACGUUGCCAGAACGCGAUUGGUUGGCCCGGCGCGCGUUUUCGUUCGGCUUGUACUUUGCUGCGUGCCGGUCGUCACUUCGUUAGUUCAAUAUUUCUUAGAGAGACCGAGCUAGAGAGAGGAUUUGAGGAAUGCUAUGUGUGAAAUGAUGAUCUUCGGGAUUGAGUUUAGAUCGUCGACGCCGAUGUCAUCAUCGUCAUCGUCGUCGUCGUCGUCGUCGUCGUCGUCGUCGUCGUCGUCGUCGUCGUCGUCGUCGUCGUUGUCGUCGUUGUCGCCGUCGCCGUCGUCAUCAUUGUCGUCGCGACGUUGGAGAGGCAAAUAUUGUUUGACCAGUUAGUUAUGUCUCUUUAAUGCGACUCGCGAUUUUAUAACGACGAAUGCGGCGAGGCGCAACGGCUUUCAGUAAGAGACUAUUUCGAUAUUUGCAUUUUGAAGAGCAAGAGAGUGGCGAUAAAAGAUCGAAUUUGAAAAAACCGAAUUUGUUUUCCUGUGAGGAAAAAUUUUGUUGAAAAUAUUAAGUAUAUGCAGCCGUGACGAAUAGAUAAAUAAAUUCAUAGAUAAAUAAGCAAAACAAAUAGAUGGAAGUAGAGAGUUGCCGCUAGCAAGGAAGACAUAGCAAGUAGAUCUUGGACUUAAGAGCUAAGAUCAGAUUAGAGGAACAUUAGAAACCGAGAACUUGAACUAAUAAUAGAGACAAAAGAGUAGCAACGUGAUUGUUCUUUGAGAGUAAUCUAGGCCAAUAGUCGUACUACUCGAUUGUGCGACAGGCUUGAAGAAGCAUGAAUCAAACAAACGUUAGUUUGAGCUGACCUAAGAAGAACUGUGGCAAGAAGCGAUAUAUUCCACGCAACAAAUUGGAGGAAAGAAGUCUUCAAGUUCAAAAGCUUUAUUGAAUCUGUCUAUAUAAAAAAACUCUUUGAAGAGUUGUCAGUUACAAAUAUAAAAAAUUGUAUCAAGUUUGUUGCAAGAAAAAUAUUUGAAGCAAUUAUUGAAGUAAUAAUAAACAUUUGAGCGAUGCACGAUGCCAUAAAUGUCAGUUCGUAAAUAUUGAACUGACGAAAAAAUGCUCUACAUGGUCCAAGGAUCUUAUCCAUCAUCGAAGUAAGUGUCCACCAUAAAUGAUUGAUGCAGGCCGGAUCAUUGAUGUUGGAUUCGUCAUAGAUCUAGAUUGAAGAGAGAGGAGGAUUCGGACGUAUAGUGGAUUGUUUUGACGUGACAGAAGUAGAGCCGCCGACGUUUCGGGUACGGUCAACAUUGGCUCUCCCGCUACCCUAAAAAAAAAUUCCACCUUCAAGUAUGGCCUCGGUGGCAGCGUGGCUGCCAUUCGCUCGUGCGGCGGCGAUCGGUUGGGUACCGAUCGCCACACACCCACUGCCACCGCCGCCGAUCCCGAAGGACCGGCGCAAAGCCGACGACGAGAAGCUACUGAUCAACGUAAGCGGCCGUCGCUUCGAGACAUGGCGCAACACCUUAGAGAAAUAUCCGGAUACGCUACUCGGUUCGAACGAACGCGAGUUCUUCUACGACGAAGAAAGCAAGGAGUACUUUUUCGACCGGGAUCCGGACAUCUUCCGGCACAUUCUCAACUAUUAUAGAACCGGCAAGCUACAUUAUCCGAAGCAUGAGUGUCUUACGAGUUAUGACGAGGAAUUGGCGUUUUUUGGUAUCUUGCCGGAUGUGAUCGGGGAUUGUUGUUACGAGGACUAUCGGGAUCGCAAACGCGAGAACGCUGAGCGGUUAAUGGACGAUAAGCUGAGCGAGAACGGUGACCAAACCCUUCAGCAGCUGCUCGACAUCCGGCAGAAGAUGUGGCGAGCCUUUCAAAAUCCGCACAUUUCCACCGCCGCGUUAGUGUUUUACUACGUCACCGGAUUUUUCAUCGCCGUGAGUGUGCUGGCGAACGUGGUGGAGACCGUGCCGUGCGGUAAUCGUCCGGGUCGCGCCGGCACUCUUUCGUGCGGCGAACGGUAUAAGAUCGUGUUCUUCUGCCUGGAUACUGCGUGCGUGAUGAUUUUUACGGCCGAAUACUUGCUGAGGCUGUUCGCCGCACCUAGCCGAUGCAAAUUUGCGCGUUCCGUGAUGUCGAUCAUCGACGUGGUCGCGAUACUGCCGUAUUACAUCGGACUCGGGAUCACCGACAACGAUGACGUAUCGGGCGCGUUUGUGACGCUACGCGUGUUUCGCGUGUUUCGUAUAUUUAAAUUCUCGCGUCACUCGCAGGGAUUACGAAUUCUGGGGUAUACUUUAAAGUCCUGCGCUUCCGAAUUGGGUUUUCUCGUGUUUUCGCUCGCGAUGGCCAUCAUUAUCUUCGCUACCGUCAUGUUCUACGCGGAGAAGAACGUCGACGGCACCAACUUUACCUCAAUACCUUCCGCCUUCUGGUACACGAUCGUCACAAUGACUACGCUGGGGUAAGUACGAUUUUCAUCAAUAAUGUAUAAUAUACGUACGCAAAUUAUAAUUCAUA